AUGACCAUCGAAGCGGAGACCGCCGCCGAGGCGCGCACGAGGCUUGCGUUUCAGAACCGAUGGAAGACCCUCGCAAACAACCCAAAGAUCCUCGUCAUCGCUCUCUUUGCUUCCAUAGGAGGUCUUGAGUAUGGGUUCCAGCAGGGUGUCUUGGGCCAAUCGCUCGUAAUGAAUCGCUUCAUCGAUAACUUUCCGUCCGUCGUCGGCUCAUCUAGUGCUACUGGCUGGUUAACCUCCAUCCUGCAGCUGGGAGGUAUCCUAGGCUCACUCACCGCCGGUGUCUUUGGCGAGGUCUUCUCCCGCAAGUACACCAUGUUCUCAGCCUGUAUCUGGGUCAUUCUCGGAAGCUACCUGUACACUGGAGCGAGUUACCACAAACCCGAACUUCUCUAUGCCGGACGCUUCUUUACCGGCCUGGGCGUGGGCACUUUCAGUGGUGUUGGUCCACUAUAUAAUGCCGAGCUCGCUGCUCCGGAGAUGCGCGGGUUCAUCGUCUCCUUCUACCAGUUUGCUACUAUUCUGGGCAUCAUGUUGAGCUUCUGGAUUGGCUACGGCAGCAAUUACAUCGGUGGCAUCGGCGAAGGACAGUCCGAGCUCGCAUGGAGACUCCCCUCCUACGUUCAAGGCAUACCUGCCAUUUUGCUUGCGCUCGGUAUCUGGUGGCUUCCCUUCUCACCUCGUUGGCUCGUGAAGCAGGGCCGAGAUGAAGAAGCCGUCAAGACCAUCGCCUAUCUUCGCAAGCUUCCUGAGGACAGCGACCUCGUUCAGGUCGAGUUCAAGGAGAUCAAAGCCGAGGCUUUGUUCGAACAGCGGGCUUUCCAAAAGGCUUUCCCCCAGCUGGCCGAGAAGGAGAAGACUAGUGUUUGGAUGCGCGAGGGUGCACAGUAUUGGCGAAUUGUUCGCGAGUGGUCCCAUUUCAAGCGUGUUUCUACAGCUUGGUUGAUAAUGUUCUGGCAACAAUGGAGUGGCAUCGACGCUAUUAUAUACUAUGCGAGCAACGUGUUCCAGAGUCUAGGUCUUACUGGCGGUACAACUGCUCUCCUCGCGACGGGAGUCACUGGAGUUGUGUUCUUUGUCAGUACUCUUCCUGCCAUGGCUUUCAUCGACAAAGUUGGCCGCAAGCCCAUUCUGAUCGGGGGCUCCAUCGUCAUGUUGAUAUCCAUGGUCAUUCCUGGUAUCAUCGUGGCCAAGUUCAGUAGUGACUGGCCAGGCCACCCCGUCGAGGGCUGGGUUGCUGUUGCGUUCAUCUGGAUUUAUAUCGGAGCAUUUGGUGCCUCGUGGGGUCCGGUUUCUUGGACGCUGAUCUCCGAGAUCUUCCCCCUUUCCAUUCGCGCCAAGGGUGCUUCUAUCGGCGCAUCUAGUAACUGGCUCAACAAUUUUGCCGUCGCCUUCUACGUCCCCUCUAUGCUUAAGAACUGGGAAUGGGGCACCUACAUCUUCUUCGCCGUGUUCCUCGCGGCUAGCAUCGUGUGGGUUUACUUUUGUCUUCCGGAGACAAAAGGCGCCACGCUUGAGGAGAUGGACCGCGUAUUUGGCAGCAAUACCGGUGCCGAAGACACCAUCUUACUGGAACAGGCUAGAAGGGAUGUCGGCUUGACUGAGGACCUGGAGGAGGGUGCCAUCCACGCCGAGAAGAAGGGUCUCGGCGAGGCUCACCAUGAGUCUGCCUAA